CCCUCUGUCUGGCCGGUGACUGGGGUACUGGAGUCGGGGAGGUGACGUCAGGUGCGAGCGUGGCUGCAGAGGCCGGGGGAGAUCUCGGCUCCCAACAUGUCCUUGCACAAGUGUCAGGAAGAAUGGAACGAACUGGAGAAGGAAUUCAAGCAGCUUCAGGAAACACACAAAGUUUAUAAACAGAGGUUGGAAGAACUGAACACUGUUCAGAACGUGUGCAGCGGUUACAUAAGCAAGCAUAAGAGGCGUCUAGCGGACUUAAAAUGCAAUUUGAACAAGCAUAAACACUCUGCCAGCCUUGGCGAGACUGACCUCAUCCAGCAGAUAGGCAGUACCAUUAAAGAGAGACACAAUGCCUUCUUUGACAUGGAAGCUUAUUUGCCAAAGAGAAAUGGUUUAUAUUUAAACCUAGUGCUCGGGAAUGUGAAUGUCACUCUUCUUAGUAAUCAAGCAAAGUUUGCUUACAAGGAUGAAUAUGAAAAAUUCAAGCUUUAUUUAACAAUAAUCUUGUUACUUGGAGCCAUAGCUUGUAGGUUUGUGCUUCAUUACAGAGUGACAGAUGAAGUCUUCAAUUUCUUGCUAGUCUGGUACUAUUGCACAUUAACUAUCAGAGAAAGUAUCCUCAUUAGCAAUGGAUCACGAAUAAAAGGAUGGUGGGUGUCACAUCAUUAUGUAUCUACUUUUCUAUCUGGCGUGAUGCUCACGUGGCCAGAUGGGCUAAUGUAUCGGAUGUUCCGCAAUCAGUUUCUUGCAUUUUCAAUAUUUCAAAGUAAUAUAAAUACAGUGCAGAUAUCCCUGUAAUUGUACCGCAGAAGCUGUGUUUUAUAUGGGAGAGGGGGGGGGGGUCUCUCUACAGGGGGUUACAUCUCUUCUUAUCUUCUAGAGGGCUUUCAGUCAUGGAUGUGGCGAGGACUGACCUUUCUUCUCCCCUUUCUCUUCUUUGGCCAUUUCUGGCAGCUGUACAAUUCAGUCACACUUUUUGAGCUGUCUAGACACCAAGCAUGCAAAGAGUGGCAGGUUCUCGUGUUGGCUCUCACUUUUCUUAUCCUGUUCCUGGGGAACUUUUUGACGACUCUGAAAGUGGUCCAUGCAAAGUUUCAGAAGAAUAAAGAAAAGAAACCUUGAUGUUAACUAGACCCUGGACUUGACUGUUAUGUAGCUAAUAAAAAAUUACCCAAAAUGAAACCUGUUUAACAGAAAAAGGGAUUGUGGGAAGCUACAGGUAUCCCAACAUCUGUAACACUACUGGAGACUGUCUGCAGUCCUCACAUGCUGCUUCCUUUUUUCUCUCCAGGAGAGACCACUGACUUUACUAUACCAAACCGCUAAGUUUCAUCUGCAGUGAUAAGACCUUACAUGCCACUUGGGGCAUCACGGUGUAGUGCUCCACUUUGUACCACUUUAAGGUCUUAAAGUGCUUGUGAAAUCACCUGCAUAUAACUGAUGGAUUAUUGGAGAAGCUUCGUGAAAGUCUGAUUCUCAUAUGCAAAGUCUUAGGUGCAUGCAUAGCGUGAAUAAUUAUUUGUGUCCUAAACCUUUUACAAAUACUGUUUUUGGGAAGAGUGUACAGACCGGCAUUCAUUUUUAUUUUCUGUUCAGUCAUUUUGCAUCUUAAAACUUGAUGACAAAUGAAUUAAUGUGAAAAGGGACUUUUCCUAAUGAUAUGUUUACAUAAGGAAAUGUUUAUGUUGGUGACAAUGUGUGGGUUAUGACUGGAAAGAGUGCAAAAUAAAACAAAAUAGUCUUUCAUAG